AUGUGCAGUCGAGUCAAAAUUGUAGUGUACAGAAAGAACGCUAAGGAUGCAUGCAAGGAGCUGCUCGUGCCAGAGAAACAAUUUUUGUUGGGAGGAUCAGUGAGCAUAGGCGAGGGCAACGCGGGCGCCAUUCUUCAAGGAGACUGUGAUGUGGUCCUGAGAAGGGGAAGGAAAGUAAGGACUUUUUUCUCGGAGUCGAGCUGUAAGAUCUACCAGAAAAAGCAGUACUGCAGGAAUAGACCUAAGAGUAAUGAGACUUUAUCUGGAAGUCCAGAAAGGGCAACUGGUUUUCAAUAA